AUGCGAUACAAUCCAACCUAUGGAACUAAACCAAGCCUGGAGGAACAGAGGGUUCACUGUGACCUGGAGCGACACACACCACUGCGACAGAGAGCCUGAUAACCAAUACAGCAAUGCUGACGGAUGGACGGAAGGCUGGUAUCGAUUCACCGGUGACGCCGGAACAAAAUUAGCAAAUGAGUGUGUACAACCUUUCCAUUGCGGCUCCUACGCCAACAUGUGGCUCAGCGACCCUGAACCAGCUGAGGCCGACGGCUCGGUGGACAGGCAAGUCUGUGUCAGCUCGGAGCCAGAUUGCUGCGUCGACACCCUAACAGUGAAGGUUCUCAACUGUGGCUCACACUUCUUGUAUUACUUGCCACAAGCGCCUGCCUGCUACGCAACUUUCUGUGGAGAUAACUAGGCUCAGUCGCACAACCCGC